AUUUGAUCCUGUUGUUUAUUACAGGGUUAGGGCACUCUUCGAAGAAAAUGUUGCAAAAGAACCCCUGUUCUCUCUACAAUUUGCGGGAAUUUUCUCCGGAGCAUUUUUCGAGGUCAACCAUGGCUUAAUUAUUUGAUUUUUCCGAUCCAAGUUUCUCCACUGAAACCCACAAAGUAAAAGUCUCACUUUCUUAACAAGAAGAAGCUAUGUACCCGGAAGGAGCCCCUGAGUUUGUGAUUGAUCAAGGAUCAAUGUACUAUCGUACUGCAACCAACGUUGGCUAUUAUUUUACUGGUUUUGAAUCACCUGUUGAAUGGGAGGACCACCAGAGCAUUUUUAGUGCUGAUGGUGCAGAUGUCCAAUUUGCGGGUGCCCAAACCGAAAGUUUGCCUUAUGUAUAUUACACACCUAGCUAUGGAUAUGCACAGUCUCCAUACAACCCAUACAAUCCUUACAUGUCUAGUGCUGUAAUGGGUGAUAGCCCAUUUUUAGGGGCACAGCAAUAUUACCCUAUUCCUCCUUUUCCAAAUCCUGCAUCACCGACUGCUUAUGUUCCUGUCAUCAUUCAACCAGAUGGAAUUCCAAAUAGUUCAACAGAAUAUUUGCUUGAUUCUCGUGCAUCAGUCGCUAAUAGACCUGAUGGAAGGGGAGCUAAACAUAACCCUGCUUCAGCAUCUGCAGCUUUUUCUAGGAACUCUUCAAAGUCUUCUCCAAAUCAGGCUGAUUCCUUGACCAGGGUAUUGGAUGGGGCAAGUAGGCAUUCUGCAGUCCAUGGAAAAUUUCCAGAUAGUUCUCGUCCAACACCAGCACACGCUCAUCAGGGUAGAAUUGCUUCUGGUUCCGUUCAGUCUACUGGCAAUAUUCCUGGUGGGAAAUUUCAAUCUCAUCGUAAUCAAUUACAAGUGGAUCUUCCUGUUGGUAAUACCUUUCCAAACUAUGGAUCAACCGCUACUGGACGUGGUGCACUGGAUAAGAUUCGAUCUAAUGUCCAUGUUGGCAGGGUUCAGAAUGAUGCACAUGGUUUCCCAGAUACAUUGGGAGAACAAAAUCGAGGCCCUAGAACCAACAGAUUAAAAAAUGAAUUCACGGUUAAAGCCUACACAGCUAAAGCAGGAAAUACUGAUGCUGAAGGGAACAUCUUUAUCUGUACUGACCAAUAUAACAAGGAUGAUUUUCCAAUUGACUAUGUUGAUGCAAAGUUCUUUGUAGUAAAAUCUUAUAGUGAGGAUGAUGUACACAAAAGCAUCAAAUACAAUGUUUGGUCAUCUACACCCCAUGGGAACAAGAAACUGGGCAGUGCUUUUGAAGAUGCACAAAAAAUAGCUUCAGGGGAACCUAGUGGGUGUCCAGUCUUCCUGUUCUUUUCGGUUAAUGCCAGUGGACAAUUCUGUGGUGUGGCGGAGAUGAUUGGCUCAGUUGACUUCCAGAAGGAUAUGGACUUUUGGCAGCAAGAUAAGUGGAGCGGAAGCUUCCCUGUCAAGUGGCACAUCAUUAAAGAUGUUCCAAAUAGCCACUUUAGACACAUCAUAUUAGAGAACAAUGAAAACAAGCCAGUGACCAAUAGCAGGGAUACACAAGAGAUAAUGUACAAGCAAGGUAUGGAGAUGCUGAAAAUAUUCAAAAAUCAUUCAAUGAAGACUUCUUUACUUGAUGACUUCAUGUACUAUGAAAAUCGUCAGCGAAUCAUGCAAGAAGAGAAAGCCAGGCUACUAAUGAAAAACUUUGAGAAUCCAGUCCUAGCACCAACAUUGGAUGUUGCCAAUAGGCUAAAUUUUGAACUACAUCUGAAUGACAAUGAGAAAGCUACUAAGCGAAGUGAUUCUGACAUGUUGAAGAGAACUGUUCCUUCAUCUAGUCAGCAGGUUUCUUCAGAUUCUGAUAUGACCAAUGCAAGAACUAUGAAUGAAAACAUAGGGCAAACUUCAGUCAACGCCAACAACAACGCAUCUACAUUAAAGAUUGGUUCGUUCUCAAUAAAUCCAAAGCAGGAUGAGUCGAAGCCCUCUGUAGAUGCUGUAGUUCUUUCAACAAACGUCGAUGCUGUAGAGAUGGUGACAGUAGGAUCCAUGCCAGUGAAAGUCAAUGGUUUUACCGAAUCAUGUGGUUUUCUAACUGUCGGUACUAUUCCUCUUAAUCCCAAGACCCUACAGGCUGAAGGAGGUAAUUCUUCAAAAAUGGGCAGUAACCGUGGGAAGGCUAAUGACUAACCGGUGCUUAUUUUUUCGGCUGGAACAUGCUGCGAACGUGGUAGUUAUGGUGCAGUCUUGACUGUUGUAAAACUGAGUGUAUCAUCAUACUGAAUUGUUGAAGGAUGGUUAAACAAAAUACUUGUUCAGGUCAGCUUUUGCGAUUUAUCACCCCACCCCCCUUUAAGCUGGUUUCCAAUCCAGAGAUAAAUAUAUUGACAUACAGACAGACAGUGUUUUAGUUUUUGUGGGUGUGGGAGGUGCUUUCAAUUUCGUUUCUGAAAUUAAAUAGUGGGAAAACGGUGUAUUCUUUGUUGUUUUGCACUUCAAUAUUGAAAUUAAA